AGAUUUAACUCCGGGUAAGUGCCUCCCCUGGGACUGCAUUCUAAUAAGCUAGUCCAAAAUAGUUCGUGGAAUACAUCUUGAUGUAUUGAAUCGCAUUGCAAAAACAAGCUACUUCUUCGCAUCACGCGUCAUGCGAGAGCAUUCAAACAGGACUCAGUGUACUGCUUUUUCUGUUACAUUAGUAAUAACAGCAGCAUUGACUGAAGACAGCAGGAGCGCAAGACAACGCUUGUAUCUCUGAGUGCAGCGCCAACGGAGGAAUAUUUGAGCUUUUAUUUACUCUACGGCUUGUUGUUCAUUUUUUUCUGCUUUAUGGUUACUUGUACAGUCACGUGUGAAGAUUUCUUGAAGCUGAACGUACACCGACUUCUUCUCACCUGGAGGCUCUUGUUUUCCUAUAGGAAAUAACGCUGCGUUUUGAUCCUCUACAGACAUCUCUGGACUGGAGUCCUUCCCCUCCUGGAAGAGACGGACAACAACCACACGUUUUCACCCUCAGGGAUGAAAUAUGCAACGGCUGUGAGAAGAGCAUCCACAUUCUGAAGUCCAAAGUGGUUUUAAGUCAUGAUGCAGGAGUCGGCCACAGAGACAAUAAGCAACAGUUCAAUGAGUCAAAAUGGAAUGAGCAGCCUGAGCAGCCUAUGCAGCCAAUUAGAUGCUGGCAGUAGAGAUGGAAGAUCAAGCGGUGACACGAGCAGCGAAGUAAGCACAGUCGAGCUGCUGCAUCUCCAACAACAGCAGGCCCUACAAGCAGCGAGACAAUUACUCUUACAACAGCCAGGCAGUGGCCUGAAAUCUCCAAAGAACAACGACAAACAGCGUCCACUGCAGGUGAGCAGCAUGGACAACGGCAUCAAACACAGCGGCGGCGGCGGCGGCCUGGACCUGACCACUACCAACUCUUCCUCGACUACCUCCUCUACCCCUUCCAAAGCGUCACCUCCCAUCUCGCACCACUCCAUCGCCAACGGCCAGUCUCCCGCACUCAAUUCCAGAAGAGAGAGAGAGCGAGAGAGGGAACGGGAAAGGGAGAGCUCAUUACACGAGGAAAGCGGAGCCUCCCACUCCCUCUAUGGUCAUGGGGUGUGCAAGUGGCCCGGYUGCGAGAGCGUCUGUGAGGACUUCGGACAGUUUUUGAAGCACCUUAACACUGAGCAUGCUCUAGACGACAGGAGCACGGCCCAGUGUCGAGUCCAGAUGCAGGUGGUACAGCAGCUAGAGAUACAGCUUUCUAAAGAACGUGAGCGUCUUCAGGCGAUGAUGGCCCACUUGCACAUGCGGCCCUCGGAGCCCAAGCCAUCUCCAAAACCUCUGAACUUGGUAUCGAGCGUCACCAUGUCGAAGAACCUGCUGUCGGUGUCCCCUCCGAACGUACCUCAGACCCCCACCACGCCCAGYGCCCCCGUGACACCCAUGUCCCAGGUGCCCCAGGUGCCGUCCCUGCUCAGCGCCGCCAACGUCCCCAGCAUGGGCGCCAUGCGCAGACGUCACUCCGACAAGUACUCCAUGCAACUGUCUUCAGGUGGUGACACAGUAUUUAUUUUUCCAGAGAUUGCCCCAAACUAUGAGUUUUAUAAGAAUGCCGAUGUCAGACCGCCAUUUACUUAUGCAACCCUCAUAAGGCAGGGUAUCAUGGAGUCGGGCGACAUGCAGUUAACGCUUAAUGAAAUCUACAGCUGGUUCACGCGCACAUUUGCUUACUUCAGACGCAACGCAGCUACUUGGAAGAACGCCGUUCGCCACAACCUCAGUCUGCACAAGUGCUUUGUGCGUGUGGAGAACGUGAAGGGGGCCGUGUGGACGGUGGACGAGAUGGAGUACCAGAAACGCAGGUCUCAGAAGAUAACAGGAAGCCCGACGCUUGUGAAGAACCUUCCCUCCAGCCUGGGCUAUGGAGCUGCUUUAAACGCCAGCUUACAGGCGGCGUUGGCUGAGACCUCCCUGCCUCUGCUGGGGAACCCUGGUCUGAUGAACAGCAGUUCGUCUGGCUUGAUGGGAGGCAGUCCUCCUGGUCUAAUGGGCGGGAGCCCCCCUGGUAUGCUCGGCGGUAGCCCCCAUGGGUUGAUGGGUGGUAGCCCACAUGGAUUCAUGGGCGGGAGCCCCCAUGGGUUGAUGGGUGGCAGCCCCYCAGGAAUGAUGGGUAGCAGCCCCCCAAGCCUGCUCCAGUCCGACUUGAACGGAUCGCUGGAUCACCUGGACACCAACGGCCACAGCAGCCCUGGAGGAUACUCCCCACAGGCACACAUGUCAGCGAUCCACGUCAAGGAGGAGCCAUUGAACAUGGACGACGACGACUGUCCGAUGUCACUGGUGACGACAGCCAACCACAGCCCAGAGCUAGACGACGACCGGGAGCUGGAGGAGGGCAACCUAUCAGAUGACCUGGAGUGACUACUGGAGUCCCUCCCACUACUACAGGCCCCUCCCUCCACCUCCGUCACACUGUCCUCCUACCUGUUUCCUCACAGGCUGUCCUCCUAGAACCUGCUAGAACCAGAACCACUCCUCACCCAGAACCAAACAGAACCAACAGAACAGACCACAGCUGACUCUCCUCCCUCCCGACCUGCGGACUGGAGUAUUUAUUGAGCAUGCAUCCGGAAGACCAGGCCCAAAGGGACUCUUUGUUGCAGCCCUAUGGGAUCCCUGACUGAACAUGACAGGCAUGAGAUGUCUGGUUUUUAAAACGACUUUCAGACCUGUUUCAUUAAGAUGGCUUGGCGACUACAUACACACAGACACACACAGAGGCUCAUGGACGGAAAACGACAAAAACACGAGUCUGGAAACCCGUUCUGUAGAAAGCUAACGGCCUCAUAUACUGCCAAAAAAAAAGAUGUUUAAUUUUGUGAAUAUCAAAAAACCCUCACAGUAGUUGUUGAUGUUAGAAACAAUUGCUGGUUCAAUUCAAACGUUGUUGCUCUGUCCGUCAUUUGCACAGGAGUAGUAUCAGAAAUUAGUGUCACUGCCUGUAUGUUGCAAAAAUUCAAMAAAAAAAAAACAGUAUUUUUUUUUCUUCUUUUUUGCGUUCUACUUUUUGUAUUCUGAUUUCUGGCACCACCAACUGUAAAUGCCAUUUCCUAUUUCCCAACAGUAACAGAAGCACGGUAUCAAGACUGUUGCAGCUGUCAAAAAAAGUAGGCUUCCAGUCUGAACCUGUUUGUGAUGAAAAGUAAUUAACGUGACAUUAAGUUUGAGUAACUUAACUGUUUGUGUAAGCACCAACCAAUACGGGGGGAAAAAUGCAUUUCUGCAUAUUCUUCUGCUGUUCUCUUUUACCUCCUUGUUCUAAAGCUUUGUCUACCUGCAAACAGUCACAGGCAACAGCUAGAAACCAAAGCCAACACUAUCAAUGGCCAAUAGCUUAGACAGAAGCCACCAGACUCUUUGGUCAGCCUUCUGUGACUUUAACUAGUACAAAGAGAAGCUUUCCGCAAACUACCUUCUAAAUAACCUCUGGGAUCGUUUAAUUUAGCCCUGUACAAAGAUGAUUCAAGAAAAAAAUACAAGAUUUUGAUGYGUAAUUUGAUAACUUGUAGUGUCCACUUGGAGUUUAGGGCGAGAGAGGAGAGGUGAUGUGAUAUGUAACUACAGGCUAUGUGAUAGGGACUGGUAGAAAGCAGCUCUACUGUAAAAGUGGAUCAUGACCAAAAUGAACAUUUGUGUGUUCAAUGGAAGUGCAGAAAAUUGUGUUGUUGUGAAGAUUGUUUUUGAUUUCUUUGUUUUUGUUUUUCCGUUACCCAUCAUGUCAUAGUUUUCUCUAAUCUAGUGAAUAUGUCAUGUUUAGUGGGACUGUCAAAUGUGUCAUGUCUUAUUUCCAUGCGGUUUGUUUAGAGCCGCGUUUGAAACCGAAACUGAAAACAUAGUAACCAAACAUUUAAAAUAUCUAGUAAAGCCAAAUAAGUCAUAAUUUCAAGUUGAUAUGAAAUGAUGUGGCUUGGUUAUCACGUAAAAGCAAAUAAUAUAGCCAUUGUAGAAGAGGGAUAUCAAAGGUGAAAAGAAGCCUUUUCUAGGUGAUAUUUGCUUUAUUCUAUAGUUUAAAUACUUCAYUGUCUAAUCCAUAGCUUCUUAACUAUAUAGAUACAGUCAGUGGUAGCAUAGGAGAAGCUAUCUUUAACUGCACUGYAUUCUGUAUAGGCUAAAUGUCAUCUAGAAAAGUGGAUGUUGUUGCUUUAAUGGUCAUUUCCGUUUUCAGUCAAACCAAAGUUACACAAGAUUCUGCCUCUGGUUAUGGGAUAGACACUCUAGAAAUGACACACACAAACCCUUUCAAAGGCACACACACACACACACACACACACACACAGUCCUGUGUGUUUGGUCUGCCAGCUUUCCUGGUCCUUGUUAUGGUAACCUUCAGAUGCAGAAAAACAGAUACUGUCAAAUAACUGACUGAGUUGUAUUGUAUUUUAACUAUCAGUGUGUGUCUGCUUUGUGCGUAUGUAUGGAAACAUACUGUGCAUAUAUGUUGUUUUCGAGUGUUGUGCCAAGCCAGACAAGUUGGCUGCUAGAGCUUAGCGCACUACUACAUACAUAACCAAACACACAUGCAUAACCAAACACACGUUACACACACAGUCAUGCCAGUUCCACUUCAAGAGGGUGCUGGGCCCAGGAACAAAGCUUCUCCCUUAUGUACUUUGAUGGAGUCAGCAAAAUGACUUGAAGACAACGUUCAUAAUAUUCUUAUCACACCAAAUAUAAGGACACAGCGUCUUUCAAAAAAAAAAAAAAGGAUUCUCCCACUUAACCCCAAAAAUGAAGGCUUUCUAAAAGGUUCUACCUCUGCACAACCAAUUCAGAACAAUUAAAUGGCAGAUUGCACGUUGAGUUAUUAGAAAGCCACAAGAGCUGUUACACUUUACUCAAUGGACAUGGCUCAACGGACAGUUUACAUUCCCAACAUCAGAUACAGAAAGAAGAUUAGUAUUGUAAUAGGUUGUCCUCAAACAUUUGUAGAAUGAUAAUGUAAAAAUACCUUUAAGGGAAUAUUGUGUUUUAAAAUGCAUGUCUAAAAUAAUUUGGUGGACAGGAAAACAAUCAUUAACAAAUAAAAAUAAUAUAAGAAAUACAAAUGAUCAGGAGGAUGACCUAAAUGUAAGUACAAUGCAUAAGAAUGCGUACCUCAACUAUACUGUUUGGGAAGGAAAAAACUGUCAGCCACAGAAUGCAUAUUACCUGUAGAUUUUGCAUGGGUUUUGUAAAAAUAAAAAUGUCUAAAAUAGUUGCUUGCACAUAAUACCAGAAAGAUCCCAGAACUGCAAUCUGCUCCUCCACUAGAUUUUAGGAUUGUCUGGAUUUUCUGGGAUGAUUUUGUCUGUAUUUUGAUAACUGUGCAUACUAUGUAAAAAUGUUGGUGGACCCAUAAAAUUUACCAGACUUUUUUCUAAGCGAAGAAAAAAAAAAUCUGUGUUUCUUUUCUGAAUUUCAUGAUUUUUUACUGUUCUCUCAUUGCUCGCUAAGAAUAGCAAACCUGCUUUUUCUGCAUCUGCUUUGCGUAGCUGUAAGGCUUAACCUAAUGUGUGUAUUUAUUGCUUGUACCUCUGUGCAUACUUUAUGAAGUAUUAUGUCAGGCAGUUGAGUCCUGUAUACUUUCUACUACUAUCAUUCUCUAAUAAUUGGGAACAUGAUCCCUCUAUGUAUACAGUAAAUUGGGACUGUAGCAAACACAUAUGUUUAUGUAAUUGGUGAAUACAUUUUAUGUUUUUUUGUUUUAUUCCUUUAGGAUCGAGGUUAACUCAUUUUUGAUACCUUCAUUACCGUGUACUGUGUCCAUGCGUUAAAGAUUCUCUGACACUAGAAGGUCAUGGUUGAGAAUUGUAACAGUCGUUAUUAUUUUCUGUAUUCAUGGCUUUUCACUGCUGACUAAAAUAAAGGACCAAAACUAGGAUUUUGAAAAGCAA